UGCAAGUGUGUAUGCAUGUAUUAUCGCAACUUUUCAUGUUUGACAUUUCCACCAUACCGAUGUUUAGUUAUCUUUCGCUGGCACAUAUUUGCUUCUGCAGCAGUAUUUGGAUAUAUUUUUGAAAACAAUUUCCUGCACAAUGGCAAAGAAUACCUCCAGUUCUGCAUUCCGCAAAAUUGAUGUUGAUCAAUACAAUGAAGAUAAUUUCCGAGAGGAUGACGCAGACCAGGCCUCCAGUGGAAUGAUAGUGCCCGAUGAGAAUGAAAUCACCUCGCUUCUGAAUAGUGGACGGAACAUUGAUGCGCUGAAGACCGUCUUACAGAAUGCCCCUCUGUUGUGCAAGAAUCAGCAAGUGAAGGACAACGCACUAAAUCUCACAUUGAAAGUCUUGCUAUCAAUCAAAUCGUCCCAGAUCGAUGCUGCGAUCGAGUCGCUGGAUGAUCCAGAGCUGUGGGAUGUGCUGAUGAAAUACAUUUAUCGUGGUUUUGAGAUUCCAUCGGAGGGAUCCAGCGGUCAUCUUCUCACCUGGCACGAAAAGAUAUUCGCGAAGGGAGGUGUGGGCAGUAUUGUACGUGUGUUAUCGGAUAGUGCUCGGGCCUAAACCGGUGUUUGUGAGCCAGUUUUUAUGGUGUAUUACAUUCAUUUUUUGUUUGUUUUGAGUCCGAUUCAUACCGAAAGUUUAUCGAAUAUAUAUAGACUUUUGAUUUACUUGUUCAAUGUUUGUAUAUAAUUUAGGCGAAAUAAAUCUAGAAGCCAGAACAGAAAA